AUGUGGCUGUUUUGGGUAGUGGUGUGCUUAAACCAACAGACAACAGAGUCAGAAGAAUUCCUAAGGAAACGGCACUUGAAUCCCCAAGAAUUCAUGACUAUUGUGAGUUGCUUGUUCAAAUGCAUUUGAAAACAACAGGCUAUUGAUAGAAAAAAAUAAUUUGUACAAAUUUCUUUUAAGUGAUAUUCCAAAGCAUUUGCUUUUCACAGAAGGAUUUCCGAGCCUGCCUGAGUUACCCCAAAGAGGCUUGAUGGAUUAUAAUGGAUGAAUUUAGCUGACCCCAAGGCCAAAUGACAUGUUCUGUUUAAUGCUUAAAACAUUGUUUGCCGAUAGCUCCUCCUGGUUGCUUCUGUUCAUUACAGCCAGCAGGGGGGAGGAAGGCAGGAUCCAGAACUUUUUUCUCUUCUCCUCAUCACCAUUGUAACUAAAAUCCGAUGUAGCACAUCUAGAUUUAGAAUAAAGGUCUCAAUUUGCUGAGAAUUUCUUUGUUCUUGCAGAAUGAAAUAAUCCAAUAUUGGGGAUACCCCAGUGAAGAGCAUGAAAUCCUGACAGAGGAUGGCUACUACUUGCAAGCAAACAGAAUUCCUUAUGGAAUGCACAGUUCUGGGAAGACAGGUAAUUUUUAUAGGAAUGCACAUAGCCCGGAGAAAACAAAUAUUUGCUUAAAAUGCUCAGAAUUAACUAGCUCAGUUAAGUGAAGUUCACUAAAUUAGUUCAAAAUCUUUUAACUACACCUGACAGUAGUUGCCAUAAUUGCUGGAUGAACUGAAUGUGAAUUAACUUCAUUUGGGGGUAAUAUUUUUCAAAAAUUCUAAUUCAUAUUCAAGUCCAUUCUCUUUUAUGCUUUAGACUCUUUGGACUUUAAGGUUCGGAAUGAUUGAAGACAAUAAGACAUAUCCUACUGUGUGUGUUUUGAUGUGAUCUUAAGUCUUCUUACCUAUAUUUUAUAUGGCAGCACAGCAGCUUAUAACAUCUGAAAGCUAAGUGAAAUUGCCAAGGAUAAUAUGAAUUGAACUCUGAACCAAAUAUUAACUAACUACUUCAUUUUGCAAUUGGACAAACGUUUCUUUCUGGUAAUGUUGAACUUUAACUAGAAUUAGUUCAUUUUCCAGAAAGACAUUUGAAGCUCUUUUGUCUAUGUCUCUGUGUGAUGUUGAGUAAGAAUGAAGUGCUUGGAUUAAGCUUUUGUGGGUGCAUAAAUGGUGAUUUAAUUCAGAAAAGGGGUACCAUCUUCUGCUCAAUUUCUCCUAUCUGAGCUCAGCUAAACACCUUUGUCUUUCCUUACCUUAUUUCUGAGCCAUUCACAAUGAGGUGGCAUGGACUAAAUGAUUUAUUUACGCCAUUGAGUCAGGCCCUGCUCAAGACAUUUCACUGCUUGAUGAGAAGGCCAACAGCCCUCUCCAAUCCAUUCCAUGUACAGAAGCCAUUCAGAUGAGCCAAGGGACAACAUCAUUCAUUUAUCUUAGGAUAUAAGGGUUGGAAACAGCAGGGCAUGUAACAUGGUAAUUACGAAGCUCUGUCUAAAAGGUAGAUUGUCUACAAUAUUAUCUAAUGCCCUUUUUCUUGUUUCCCCCCAGGUCCUAGGCCAGUUGUUUUACUGGUACAUGGUGUUUUGAGUGAAGGUAGGAUCUGGAUUGCAAAUCUUCCCAACAAUAGCCUAGGAUUUGCUCUAGCAGAUGCUGGCUAUGAUGUUUGGAUAAUAAAUACUAGAGGGACCAGCUGGUCUAGAAGACACAAGACUCUGUCAAUUGACCAAGAAGAAUUUUGGAAUUUCAGGUAUAAAGCACAACUUGUAGCUUGGAUAGUUGAGACAAUUGUAAUAAUUACUGUCUCUGAAUUAUAACUGAUACCAACAUAUCUUUUUUCCUUCUGUUGAGUCAGAAGUGCUUCAGUCCUGGAAAGACUUCCAAAAGAUGGGACAUGGUGGAUUAUGGUUCCUUUUCUUAUUAUUUUUAGAGCCUACAUCAACAUGACAAAAUGCAUGACUUUAUAUUCAUGCAGGCUGAAUUUGUGGAGCUCUGAGAUGUAGCUAAGGAUAAUAGCUAGGACUGUGCAUUCACUCUGGAUGAAUCCUAGAUCCUGAACUGAAUCGGGCCAAUCUGGGAUUUGCUGGGAAUGUGUAGAUGAAGGUCUAGAUUGCCUGGGUCUGGGUUCACCUGGAGCAAUACAAAGAUGUCAAUUGGGCAGCGGUGGGUGGACAACCACACGUUUAAAUAACUUAACAUUCUCUUUAAAGGCACAAACCCUUUUAGGAAUGGGAGAUCACAGCCCAAAUCACCCCAAUUCACCUCAUUAUUUGGGGCAGAGUCCAUACACACCUCUAAUAGUGUGCGCUACUAAUGCAACAUGAGGCUAAGGGGAGAAAACCUCAAUUGCAUUUUGUUCGUGUAAUGUCUUACAGCUUCCAUGAAAUUGUGAUAUAUGAUAUUCCAGCAACAAUAAAUUUCAUCCUGCAGAAAACCAAGCAAGAAGGGUUGUAUUUUCUCAGCGUGUCUCAGGGUGGGACACUUGGUAAGUAAUAUGACACAAAUGGAAUCCAUUUACUGCCUGAGCCCUUAAUUAUAAAACCUUCUUACAAUCCAAAAUUCACAUCACAGGUAUAGUUCCGAUCUAAUAAUUCAGACUGAAAGAACAAGCAGCGACUGAAAUGCUGUUUUUUGGUGUUGGUUUUGAGGUCUCUGGUUUUGAGGCCUCUCCAAACUAGUGGCAGACAAGUAUAUAGGAAGCUAGAGAGCUGUAGUACCAAGUCAGACGGUUGGUCCCUCCAGCUCAGCAUUGUCAACACUUACUGGCAACAGCUUUCCUGGGUAUCCGAUGGGAGUCUUUCUCAGCCCUACCUUGAGACACCUGGAUUGAGCACACAUGAAUGUGCUCUUCCACUAGGAUAAGACCAUUCCGCAGUAUGAGAGACCCAAAGAUUCAGUGUGCAUAUUGGCUCUGGUAUAUCUGGAAAAGCUGCUGAAUUCUGGAAUUCUUUCUCUUUGGCAGGUUUAAUUGCCUUUUCACUCAGGCCACAGGUUGCUCAGAAAGUCAAGCUCUUCAUGGCUUUGGCUCCUUCCUACACAUUUGUGGACACCAGUGGACCUGUAGUGCUAUUUUUCAUUCUUCCUGAUGGAUUUAUCAGAGUAGGUAUUUCUCAUAGGUUUUUCUUGUGUGUAUAAUCAGCUCAGUGAUAUGGGCACUUCAUUCCUCAAGCUUGGGGGGGGUGGGUCAUGCAAGAUGUUAUGUAUGUUCCUUGGUGUCUCCUGCUCUGAGCUUGAGUCUGCAUCACCAUGCAGGCCAGACUUUUGAGGUCUGCAUUGUGAUUCACUGCCUGGCACAAAACAGCCAAUCAUGCACUAGGGGGCGGGGGGAGCAGAAGUGUAUAUAAAUCAGACCCAUUUCCAUGUUUUCCCCAUUCUCAAUAAUAAAGCCUCAAUAAAAUCUUUAAGUUGAAUCACUGCCUUGGGUCUUGCAUGAAUAACUGGUACUUCCUUAGGAAAUUAAUCCUAAAGAGACUCACCAAGAUCUCUCUGUGUGUUUAUUUUACAGCUCAUAUGGGGGAAGAAAGAAUUUGUCGUUCUUAAUAAUAAACUGAAAAAACUGAAUGCCAAGCUGUGCAGUUAUCCUGUAAUAGAUCAAUUUUGUAUCCAAGGUAUUUUCCUAAUCUCUGGAUGCAAUCUAAAUAACUUAAACGUGGUAUGUUGCUAAAUAUAUUGACAAAACAGCAAUAUAUUUUAUUCUAAUAGAUAAAGAUAAAUUAACCAUGCAAUCCAAAGCAUUACUAUUGAGUAACUAAUAUGAUGGAGUUCAAUAGUACAUGCUUCAAGGUAAUGCAUGUAUAGGAUUGGAGCCUUAAAUGUGCAAUUGAGUGACCAGGUCUCUACAUGUUGCAGCUAGAAUUGAGAGGAAUUGAGAAGAAUCUUUGUGAAAGAGACACUAGUACAUUACCUAAUGGAUAAACUAUAUGGUUUUUGUUGUUCUCUCUGGUUUUUCUUGUUUUAAGUGCAGUAAAAUAACAAGACUAUACAAUGGUGAUGGUAUAAAAUCAAGCCAAAUUUUUAUUGACAGCAGCAGACAGGGUAAGAGUUGGAAUGGCCUUGGGUCCCAGUAUCAGUUCAUCAUUGCACAAGCCCCAUAUUGAUGGAAUGGGUCUGCUGGGUUUGGACCACCCCAAACCUGUUUGGUUGGAGUCAGCCCAUGUUUAACUUUGCUGGGGUGAAAGCCCAACAAACAAGGCCUCACUGGGCAACCAUGGUGCAGAUUCCUACCAGGCUGAUACCUAACACUGAGCUUGCAGGUGGCUGUGGAUAAUUAUUUCCUCAGGACACCCCCUAUAUUGUGCUGACCCUGCCUAAUUCCAUUUCUACCCUCAUACAAACAGAAGUAGAACAGAACAGUGAAGAGUAGGAGGAUUAGGACGAGGAAACUCACAAUCACAUUUUUCCUGAGAUGGAUGUUUUCCUAUGUAAUAUCCCUUUCCCUUUCUCAAGGUAUAUGUAUGUUGUAUUGCUCUGAUGCUGGUGAUGUUUUUAUAGUGCAAUUCAUCUCUCUCCUUCCUCAGUAUAAUCAGAGAUGAUUCUAAAAGAUAUUUACAUUCUUAUUAUUUUCCUCUAAUCCAGAGUCGAGCAGAUGUGUAUACUGGAAUUCUUCCAGAUUUUACUUCUGUAAAAAACAUGAUCCACUUGGUCCAGGUGGGGUUUAAUGCAUAUUUUUCCUUAUUUCAAAAUUCAGAGCUCAUUUGAUGUACAAAUGAAUGCUUGUUGUGUGUGAAUAUAUAAGGGUUUUCUUUUUUUAAUUUACAGAAGGUGACAGGAAAGUUACAGUAAAUGAAAAACAAUAUAGCAAUAAAUGGUAUAUGACAAGCUACCACUCACAGGAGCUUUUUUGCCCUGAGUUAUUGCUGGUGUAGUUGCCCGGUUACAUGUGAUAUAUGAUAUAUAAGUGUCUACAGAUGUAGAAAUUGGCAAUAAUAACAUGCAAAUGAAAGCAAAAAUAAAUAUCCUUAAAUAGGGUCAUGCAAAAGAAAAAAAAGAGAGAAACUUUUCUAUUUCGUUGUCUAAAGAGUAGUUCUUAAACUUCAAACCUAAAGUGAUUUUUUAUUCAUUAGAUUUGAAGUGAAGUGAUCAUUAAUUUGAAUUUGCACACUGCAAUUUCUCAUUACCUUACACAGUUUGGCUAUUACUAGGAUAGUGAACAUUAAGGAUUGAUUUUUGAAAUGAUUUUAUACAAGUUCCAAUAUCAUUUUCUUAUUCAUUUGUGAUGUAUGCAAAAUAUUGGUAAUAACAGAUUGUAUUUUUUAAAAAACCAGAUAAAUAUGAGCAUGUUUCCAGAUAAAACAAUAAUGUAUUCUUACGAAACCACACACAAAUUUGUGAAAACAAUCUAGUAAUCCAUCAUAGACUGCCUUGAUUGGUUGUGCUCUUUAUGUGUAUAAAGAAAUUCAUGACAAAAUAGUUAACUUAUAUUUUGAUUGCUUGAAAUUUAUAGCAGGAUCUUUGUUGACUAUAUAAACAUAUUGUACCAUAUUUGCCAAUGCAAGUAGAUAAAUAGGUACCUCAGUGGCAGGAAGGUAAACGGCGUUUUUGUGCGCUCUGGCACUCGUCACGGUCCUCAGUGCAUCAGUAGCAGUUUAGUCAUCCUGGCCACAUGACCCGGAAAACUGUCUGUGGACAAACGCCGGCUCCCUCGGCCUGAAAGCGAGAUGAGUGCCGCACCCCAUAGUCACCUUUGACUGGACUUAACCAUCCAGGGGUCCUUUACCUUUUCUACCUUUACCAUACCACAUUAUUAUUAUUACUAUUAUUAUUAUUAUUAUUAUUAUUACUAUUAUUAUUAUUAUGUAGGCAUUGGGGACAGGGUUCUGACAAUUCAUAUUGCCAAUUUUUAAUCUAUGUGUACUUUAUAAAUAUAUCAGCAUUAAAAAUUUGAAAAUUCAGUACUUUCUCCCUUCUUUUAUAGGUUUUUAAAUCAAAAGAACUGAAAUAUUUUGACUAUGGCAGUAAGAACAAAGCUAUAUACAACACGGUAAUUAUAAGGGUUGUGAUUGGGAUUUGUCAUAGAUUUCAAUGUGUUAAAGCUGCAUAUUUAUUUAGGAUUAACUCUCAUUGAACUUAAUGGGUCACAAAAAAAGAUGAAGAAAAGGUUUAGGAAUAAACCCUGCACAAAUUUAUGACAGACUCGUUAAGACGUUAGGAAAGAAAAGUUGAAACGAAUGCUCAAGGAACCUUUCCCCAUAAUUCUGAUGACACUGCAUAUGAACCAUCAGAUUGGUUGAUGAAACCCAUUUUAAUCAUUCUGAUAUUUUCAUCCACAGACCACUCCUCCAAUCUAUCAAAUCGAAGACAUGGUUGUGCCAACUGCUGUGUGGUAUGGUGGACAUGAUAUUGUAAUAAACAGAAAGGACAUCCAGCUGUUGCUUCCUCGAAUCUCUAAUUUGGUUUUCCAUAAGUAUAUUCCUGAAUGGCAGCAUAGCGAUUUUUCAUGGGGUUUGGAUGCUCCAAAGAAACUAUUCCCUGAUAUAUUUAAGCUGAUGCUGAAGUACAAAUAAAAUGUUACAAAAGUCAUAUAUACUGCAUAUAUUCCAUUAGGACUUAUGACCACCCAUGUUGGAGGUGUCAUUUUUGGCGAUUUUCCUUAAAAAUACCUUAGCUAUCUAUGUAAAUUUGCGAAAAAAAGCUCAACAACUUUUCUGUCUGGAUUUUCACUGUUGGAAAUAUGCCAGCCCUAAUUCCAUGUGACUGUAGAUGCUGCAAUACGUCUGUAUAACAUGUAUAUAUGAUCAAUUUGUUAACUGAGUUUUGUUUCUAUUACUUAUUGCUUGCCAUUAAAUUAAAUCUACCUGUUUGGACUGACACAAUUGAUGGUAGAAUUGCUUGAUCAUGCAUUGCAAAAGCACAUUUCUCUCUGCAAAGGCCUCAUCUUUUAGGCACAAAAUAGAUAUUACCUGUUCUCAUUUGACGGAGAUCCUUGUAGAUUAGAGGUCUUAACCUUUGAGCGGAGGGGAUCAUAGGCCCUUUUGAGAAUCUGAUGGAAGAAAUGACUCCCCCUUGCAGAAUUCUUCUCACAAAGACAAUUUUCUAUGGCACAAGAAGGAAAUAAGAUAAGAUUUUUACAUGCAUCCCACAGGUAUCUGUUUGGCCACUGUUAGACCAGGAUGAUGAACUAGAUGGGCCACUGUCAGGGACUUGGCAGAUGAGGAGGAGUGGUGGGAACUGCCAGUGUAAGUGGCUUACAGAGAGGGAGAAGAGGAAAGGAGUAUGAAACCAAGACCAUGGUUAUCUGAAACUGAACACACCCCAGAAGAAGAAAGGAGCUUGGAAAUAAUGGGUGAUGAAGAACGGGAGUGAGAUAGCAGGUGCUCCAGCCCUGAACAGAGACAGGGGUCAGAUGUAUUAGAAACCGUACAGCAGGCCAGUGGCAUGGUGUCUCUGGAGAGUAUACUAGAGCCCCCUCCUUCCCCCAGGCGUGGCCUUUGGGUCUCAAAGCAGAAAGCUAAACAGACACAAAGGGAUUUCCUCAGAAGCCACCGUAGACGGCAGGAGGAGUCUGAGGACUAUGAGGUAGAAGGAAGGAGCAUCAUUCUGAGCAACGCUGGUUUCAUUGGUUGAAAUAAUUUUUGGUGCCUGGUUUAUGGGCCCCCUGAAGUUCACACAUGGAAGCCUAGGGGUCAAUGGACCCCAGAUCAAGAACCCUGCUGUGGAUCAUUGUCCUGACAAAGAGAUCAUGAUGUGAGAGGUAAUAGAAUGUAUACCAUUUCUUCCAGCAACUCCUGAGCUUUGCACCCAUGGAAGUGCCAGAAGUAGGGUGCUUUUUUCCAACUUUGUGCUCAUACUAAUCUCACCAAUCCACCAGGCCAUUGUUGGGCAGCUCAAAGGUAGCCAGGGAAGUGUUCUCUUCCAAGUCACAGUCACAGCUGGAAAGUGGUUCACGUUUGGGUUCUGGUUUCAGGCACAGCCCAGGACACGUCCAGGGAUGAGCAACCUGGUUCCCACCACUUGUUGGACAUCAGCCCCAGCCAGCAGAGCCAACUGUCAGGGAUCACAGGAAAUGUAGUCUAGCAACAAUUAGCACAGGUUGCAGACCUUCUCUGAUUAAGAUUCAGAAACCAAGGCAUAGGACUGUCUAUGUUAUAACAUAGAAAGUAUUAAGUAUCUGUUCCUUAGGAUGUUUCAGAAGAAGAAUCAGCUGCAGCACUCUUAUUACCUGUAUACGGCAUUUACCUUAAAAACCCCCAAAAGCUCUUGAACAAUUGGAACAAUUGGAAAUAAUUGUUAUCACCAACAGCAAGCUCAACAGAUCCAGCAGGAACCCAGUUUAUUAAAGCUAAUGCAACAGGACAACCUCACUAACCAGCAGAAGUGCUGGUUAGAAAAGACUGCCACAAGUCACAUUAGAACAAAGCUUAUAUAGCAAACACUGCACACAAAGAGACAUAAAACUUAAAAACAUCCUUCUACAUACAGCAAGAAAGGUUAUAGGUCAUAGUAUGUAAAGAUGCAUGACUCCCCACUGGUAACUAUUUCCUUGGGGUGCCCCAAGACAUUUGGUCUCAACUAUCCCACUUUAACACCAGCUACCUUGGCAACCAAGCCUUCAGUAGGGGCGAUCUUACUUCCCUGUUCCCAAAACAUGUCAAGAAGCUUCAUAGCUCAAAACACCAUAUAAACUUCUCCUUACGCUAUGAUUCAGAAAAUCCCUUGUCAUACCAUAGGUAAGCAUGCCACCCAAAACUAUUCCCUUAUCCUUCUAAAUCAAACACUCUUGUAUUCUUUAGUAAUAGCCAUUUCUUUAAUCAACUAAUAUACACUGUUUCAUAGUAUAUUUUAGAUCUGGCAGUGAGAAUCCGCCUCUUUCUUUUACAUCUAUUAAAAUUUUACAUUUAAUCCUUGGCUUUUCCCUUGUGGGAUAAAUGUAACUAUCUCUCUUUGCCAUUCUUUAAAGCAGCUCACUGGAAUUGUCUGAAAUAUUCAUCUAUACCACUGCCCAGAAAGGAGAGUCUCAUCCUAUUCCAUCUUUCUUUGUCUUGCUUAAUCUUACUCCACACAACCCCAUAAUUGUUCUGGAUCAGAUUCAUUUAUAAUCCUUAUAAAGUCCGUUUCUCAUAUAACUGUGUGAUUCCUUUGUGUCCCACUGUUAUUCCUCCAACUCGUCUUGUUGUUAUACUUCUGUUACCUCCACUUUUUUCCCCUCCCAGAAAUCUUGUGCUCUUUGCAGAUCUGUACAUCUAUGACUUUCAACUUUGUAAGUGGAACUCAGUCCCUCUGGGUAUUCCCAUCUAAUUGGCAUCUUCUGUUUCUUUAAUGCCUCAACCAAAAAUCUGUAUUCUUUUAUUUUAUUUGGGAUUUCCUUAAGAAUUAUAAUCCUUUGAUCUUCUAUGCUUAGAUUGUUUUGAAAAUGAGUUUGCAAUUUUUUAUCUCUCAUUGCCCUUGAAGAAAAUUGCACCAAAAAGUCCCCUGGGAGUUUCUUAGCUUUCACAUAUGAUGAUUUAAUUAUAUAAUCUCUGUCUAUUGAAUUCUCCAUUAUCUCUGGUUGUAGUUGUGAAAAAGAUGCCAAUUCCUUUUUUAAAAAUCUUCCUCCCAAAGCUCCAGUAUACCUCUAAAUCUCAUUCAUAUAUAUAUAUAUAUAUAUAUAUAUACACACACACACACACACACACACACACACACACAUUAUAUAUCUAUAUCUAUAUCUAUAUCUAUAUCUAUAUCUAUAUCUAUAUCUAUAUCUAUAUCUAUAUCUAUAUAUCUAUAUAUAUAUAUCUAUAUAUCUCCGAGACUGCAAUCUUGUCCUCUAAGGUUUCUCAGCUUGCAGAGCUGACACCUGACCUUGAACUUCUACUAUACACUUCUUCUUCUUUUUGCUAUCUUGGCUCCCUUCAGAAAGUUUUUAAACUGACCCUUCCAAUGGUGUUGUCCUUUUAGCCAAAUCUUUAAUGUCACUGGUACAAUCCUUAAUGUUCUUCAAUAACUCAGCCAAUGCUAAAGAAUUUUGUUCUACAGAUAAAUGAAUUCACAUCAAAAUCUCACUGAAAUCACCUUCAGCUGGCAGUGAUGCUUUUCUGCCACGAGCCUUCACCAUCUGUCAUAUCCCUUUUCCUCCAACAGUUGGUAGUAUAUCUUCAAAAAUAUCUUUAUUGCUUUCCACACCUAUCUUCUCUUGUCAUGACCUUAUUUUGCCACAAGAUGGUAUUUUCUUAAAGUGUAUACCUGUUUACAUUCCAAGAUGCUCCUUUCCCAUAGUCCCAAUCCUCAAACCUUUGGAACUCAGCAAAGGAUCCCUGGGGGCUGGUUGCACCAAAUUCAAGUAUUUACCGUAUAUUGUAUCCAACAGAGUCCAUUGGCUACAACUAUAAAUGGAAAAUAAUUGUGGUAGAAACAGUCCUUUACUGAAGUAUUAAUUUAUGUACUUCUAUUUCACAUUUCUCUAUCUACUCCUUUCUUCAGCAAACCAAAGUCCCCCUCACAGAAAAAAAAUCUCUUAAAUCAGCGUACAAUCCAUUUUAAUAGUCAAGUACCUUUUGGUAUAAUUUUAAUCCACAAAGGAAAUUAAGGUUGAGAUUGUCUUACCAGUUAUUCUUGGAGUAAACCUUCCUGUGUCAUUCGCCAUCCCCUUUGUACUCAACGCGACAAGAUGUUACUUGGCAAAGUAAUUUAAAGCCAGUACACAGAUUUGUUUUGCUGCUUGUUGUUUACCAUUUUAAAUGGGUUGCCCUCCUCACGGUGUUUCUGUGGUUUUAUCAUCCAAAUUUAAUGGGAUAGAAGAGGAAAGACAGCCGCUUUUCAAGCAGCCUGGCACGCCUACUCCUGAGGAAUCAGAAAUGGAGUCCCUACAUGGCUCCUUCUACCCAUCUUGAAUGUCACUCCAUGCUGGUACCACUCACAAUAGGGAGAGGCUCUCUUUCUGGCUUGGGCUCUCUACACAGCCCUGGUACCCACUGGGGAGAUUGGGGACACAGUGCUGUCACAGCCCCCUUUAAAUUCCUCAUGGAGUUGCCCUUUAAAAAAUGUGCUUAAAAAAGGACAGCAAAUUCUAAAUCACAUAGUCUACAGCAGGCAUCCCCAAACUUGGCCGUCCAGAUGUUUGGGGACUACAACUCCCAUAAUCCCUAGCUAACAGGACCAGUGGUCAGGGAUGAUGGGAAUUGUAGUCCCAAAACCUCUGGAGGGCCGAGUUUGGGGAUGCCUGGUCUACAGGAAAACACAAACAGUAUCUAUAAACGCAUUUUGUAUUCCCUAAAUUUAAAUUUGAGUCAAGUAGGAUUAAAAGUGUGCUUCAUGGGGGCCAGGAGAUUGAGUCACUGGGGAAGAAUUCAUGAAAGCUGGAAGGGAGAAUUUCCUCUCACACUUUGAAUUAUUGGGGGAAAUGCUCUGCUUGGUCUAGCCAAGUGGAUACUCAUGUUGUGUAGAAUCUACAAUUCAUCAAAACUUUCUAAUUUACAAGGCCUUUGUACCUCUAGGUCUCAUUUAAUUUGAAUCUAGAAAGGAACAAGAGUGAAUUAAAGCACACACAGAGAGGGAAAUCAUAUGAAUGCCAACCCCAAAGUAAGAUCAAGUGGAUUAGGGGGGCUUAUUACCAGGUAAAUGUGUGUAGGAUUACACCCACAAUCAAUCGCUUACAGAAUCCACGUAGGCCUCAUAGUUCAGGUGCUUAACCUACAUAUUUCAGAGGUUGAAUGUGUAAUGGUGUCCAGGGUACUGCAUGCCACCAUAAUUAUUCACAAAACAUAUGCAGCUAAAUCCCCUUCAACACUUCUGCAGCAUCCAGCUGAAAUUCAGACUCUGUUGGAGAAGAGCAGGUAAGCCAAAACCUUCAGUCUGUUUUCGGUGGUGUAUGUUUUCCUGUUGCAGCAACUUUUAAAAAACUGUAUUUAAGCAUAGCUUGUAUUUUGAGCAGAGUUCUCUAUUAAUGCCCCAUACAAGUGAAUCAUAGUUAAACUUGCACUAUUACCUAAAUUGAACAAUAAGAAUAUGAGAUCAAGUUUAUAUCCUUCUAACCACUCCUUUCUUCGGCAACCCAAAUUUAUUGCAAUUCCUCUACAAUAGAAAUAUAAAUAUAAAUAUGACUUAAUCUAAAAAUAAGUAUCUAAGUGGGCUACAUUUAUUUUAAUAAAACAAGGAAUUGCAAUAUGCAUUUCAGUGCUUUGUACAGUCCUGCCUUAUCACUAGGCCAAUUCUCAGUGUGUGAUGAUAUUUUUUUGAAACCUUUUCUAUUGCUCUGGAUCUGCUCCAAUAGUGUAUGAUGAAACAGAUAUUGUUCUCUGUAGCUGAUUACAACCUAGGUCUUCUGCAGUGUCUGUUUGAGACCUGGUUGCUACUGAUGAACAGGAACAGGUAAGCAAAAAUACUUUCUUCCAUGUCUCUUUUAAAUUUAUAUUUUGCUGACAUAACUUUUGUCUUGCAUUUUAUUGGCUUGCAGUCUUAAGUUGUACAUUUAACAGUGUUCUGCAUUACUGUAUUGAAGUAAAAUCAAGUAAAAAAUGAACAGACUUGCAUCCCAUUGUAUAUAAUAGUAGGUUUUACACACUACCAAUGCAAGUUUAAAGUGUAUUGUACCAUUUUAAAAUAAAUUGCAAACAUGUUAGCCAGGCCCACACAGUUUAAUUGAUUGAGUCAUGGAGUGCUGCAGACCCCAUUUCCCAGUAUCCCAGCAGCAACAGACUCAUCUGUGACAAUGGUCCAGGGAACAGAAAUUCCCAGCAUCUUCAGACUCCAAUGAGAACUCUAUUUUUUGUUAAGUUGUGAGUGAACGUAUCAGACGACACAGCGAUUCUUCAAACAGCUCUUGUUUAUUCACAGGCCAGAACAGAACUGAACUGAAGGGUUCAGCCAGCCUGCUUAUAUAGAGCUCCACUACAACGCAACUGUAACACUUUCUGUAACUAUCCAAUCACUGAAUGUCACUUUCAAUCCCUUAUUUGCAUAUGUGGACCUGAGUGAAAACUAUCUACAGUAUCCCCCUGCUGGCCCAGGGUGAGAACUUCAGUACAUAACAAUUUCCCAGCAUGCUAUUUGGUGUCAUUAAUUCCUCAUCUGAUUGAUUGUCUGCUUCCAUGCCUGCUUAUUCAAAGAAAGUCCCAACAAGUUCUGUGGGGCAUAUUUCCAAUAAAUCCCCAUUAUCUUUGGUUCAGGUGUGCAGUUGAUACCAUACAACCCAAAUUUUCAUUUUCUUCAUAACCAUCUCAUUUUCCAUCUGAGCUGGUUUGCUGUGACAUUGCUUCAUUUGCACAAUUGCUGCUCUCCUUCAGUUUGGGACUCAGCCUUUCAGGUGAGGGGCUAGCCAUUUCACUUUAAUAGGUUUAAGUUCUGUGAGCCUUUGCCAUAGUGCUUCCUCCCCGCCCCCCCAAAAAGGUGUCAGAACUCACCAUGAAGUUGUGACAGUAAGUUCUUAUCUGAGACGUGCUAGAACCACAUUCCAGUGUGCUCCGACCAGAAAAGAGCACUGGUUGCAGUAAGCAUUUUGUUUGCAUUUCAUGGAGUCUUUCAGGAAGUGUUGUUCAGACUGUGUUGCUCCUUCAGCCUCCAGUAAGUUGGGCAACUUUGUUCAAGUAAUCCUUCCACCAAACAAAAGCUCAGCAAGAGAUUCUCCAUGUUCAGUGGGAGAUGCUCUAUAAUUUACAGCCAGGUAUGAGCCAGUACCUUAAUCAUGCUCUGAAGCAACUUGGAGCUUGAAGUGAUAUGAAGCAACUCACAUACGGUGGGAAAAUCCUGACUCAUGAGGUGCAAACUGGGGCCAUUACCUGUCCGAACCACCUCAAGAAUGUGGCUGUUUUUGGCAGUGGCGUGUUUAAUCCAACAGACAAUCGAGUCAGAAGAAUUCCUAAGGAAACGGCACUUGAAUCCCCAAGAAUUCAUGACUAUUGUGAGUUGCUUGUUCAGAUGCAUUUGAAAACAACAGGCUAUUGCUAGGACAAAAUAAUUUGCACAUAUUUCUUUUAAGUGAUAUUCCAAAGCAUUUGCUUUUCACAGAAGCAUUUCCGAGCCUGCCUGAGUUACUCCAAAGAGGGCAUGAUAGAUUGCAAUGGAUGGAUUUAGCUGACUCCAAGGCCAAAUGACAUAUUUUGUUUAAUGAUUAAUACAUAGUGUAUUGAUUGCGCCUCCUCUGCUUUUGUUCAUUACAGCCAGCAGGGGACAAAGGCAGAAUCUGGAACUUUUUUCUCUUCUCCUCAGCACCAUUGUAACUAAAAUCCCCUCUAGCACAUCUAGAUUUAGAAUAGAAGUCUCAGUCUGCCGAGCCUUUCUUUAUUCUUGCAGAAUGAAAUCAUUCAAUAUUGGGGAUACCCCAGUGAAGAGCAUGAGAUUUUGACAGAGGAUGGCUACUACUUGCAAGCAAACAGAAUUCCUUAUGGAAUGCACAGUUCUGGGAAGACAGGUAAUUCUGAAUGUAACUGGUUGGUGUUUUUUUAAGGAAGUGUACUGAAAGGAUUCAGCAUAGCCUAGAAGUUCUUAAGCUUAAAGUUCCUAAUUGUUGCAGAAAAUAAGUCACAUCCCACUGCGUGUGUUUUAAUGUUUAUUUGCCUAUAUUUUAUACAUCAGCACAGCAGCUUGUAACAUUCUGAAUGCUGAUAAAAAAUUGUCGGGGAUAAUUUGAACUAAAAUCUGAACUGAACAUGUAACAGUUCAUUUUGUAAGUGGACAAAUGUGAACUGGAAUUAGUUCCUUUUUGGUCAUGUUCAACUUGAUCUAGAAUUAGUUCCUUUUCUAACAGCCCUUUGCAAGCUAUGGAAUCUUUCUUGAAAAGCAAAGGAAUGACUUGUCUACACAGGCAUUACUGUGAGUUCUUGAUCUGAGUGUCCUAUUUUACUUGCUGCAUUAUUUUAAUGAAUUGUUUUGCUGGAUAUUUUAAUGAUGGAUGCUUAUAUGUGUAUUGGGUUUUUGUAUUUUGUAAACUUCUUAGAGACCUAUCUAGCAUUAAGCAGUAUAUGUAUUAUUAUAUUAAGUGGCUAACAACAACUCCUACUGAGAACAAUAUUAUCUAAUGCCCACUUUGUUUCUGUUCCCCUCCCACCAGGUCCUAGGCCAGUUGUUUUACUGGUACAUGGUGUUUUGGGUGAAGGUAGCAGCUGGAUUAUAAAUCCUCCCAAGAAUAGCCUGGGAUUUGCUCUAGCAGAUGCUGGUUAUGAUGUUUGGAUAAUAAAUACUAGAGGGAACAGCUGGUCUAGAAGACACAAGACUCUGUCAAUUGACCAAGAAGCAUUUUGGAAUUUCAGGUAUAAAGCACAACUUGUAGCUUGGAUAGUUGAGACAAUUGUAAUAAUUACUGUCUCUGAAUUAUAACUGAUACCAACAUAUCUUUUUUCCUUCUGUUGUGUCAGAAGUGCUUCAGUACUGGAAAGACUUCCAAAAAAUGGGAAAUGGUGGACUAUGGUUCCCUUUCUUGUUAUUUUUAGAGCCUACAUCAACAUGACAAAAUGCAUGACUUUCUCUAUAUUCAUGCAGGCUGAAUUUGUGGAGCUCUGAGAUAUAGAUAAGGAUCAUAACUAGGACUGUGCAUUCACUCUGGAUGAAUCCUAGAUCCUGAACUGAAUCAGGCCAAUCUGGGAUUUGCUGGGAAUGUGUAGAUGAAGCUCUAGCUUGCCUGGGUCUGGGUUCACCUAGAGCAAUACAAAGAUGUCAAUGGGGCAGCGGUGGGUGGACAGCCACACGCUUAACUCUCUUAACAUUCUUUUUAAAGGCACAAUCCCAUUUAGGAAUGGGAGAUCACAGCCCAAAUAAUCCCAAUUCACCUCAUUAUUUGGGGCAGAGUCCAUACACACCUCUAAUAGUGUGCGCUACUAAUGCAACAUGAGGCUAAGGGGAGAAAACUUCACCUGCAUUUUGUUUCUGUAAUGUUCUAUAGCUUCCAUGAAAUUGCGAUAUAUGAUAUUCCAGCAACAAUAAAUUUUAUCCUGCGGAAAACUAAGCAAGAAGGAUUGUAUUUUAUUGGCUACUCUCAGGGUGGGACACUUGGUAAGUAAUAUGAAAUGAAUGGAAUCCAUUUACUGCCUGAGCCCUUAAUUUUAAAACCUUCUUACAAUCCAAAAUUCGCAUCACAGGUAUAGUUCCAAUCUAAUAAUUCAGAUUGAAGGAACAACAAGCAGGGACAGAAAUGCUGUUUUUGGUAUUGGUUUUGAGGCCUCUGCAAACUGGUUGCAGAUAAGCAUAUAGGAACAUAGAGAGCUGUAGUAUCAAGUCAGACCGUUGGUUCCUGUAUCUCAACAUUGUCAACACUGACUGGCAUCAGCUUUCCUGGGUCUUUCCCAGCUCUACCUUGAGACACCUGGGUUGAACACAUAUGGAUGUGCUCUUCCACUAGGAUAAGACCAUUCCCCAGUAUGAGAGACCCAAAGACUGAGUGUGCAUAUUGACUCUGGUUUAUCUGGAAUAGCUGCUGAAUUCUGGAAUUCUUUCUCUUUGGCAGGUUUAAUUGCCUUUUCACUCAAGCCACAGCUUGCUCAGAAAGUCAAGCUCUUCAUGACUUUGGCUCCUAUCUACACAUUUGUGGGCACCAGUGGACCUGCAGUGCUAUUUUGCAAUCUUCCUGAUGGAUUAAUGAAAGUAGGUAUUUCUCAUAGGUUUUUGUAGUGUCUUCAUAGGCGCCAAACCCAUGGGACCCUGGGGUCCUCACUGCCACCCACUGCCUCUGAGACCACCUCUGCCCGCUGUGGUGGUUAGCCACCUCUGCGUGCUGCCUGCCUUGGCCUGCAGCAGUGGGAUGGUGUGAAGCAGUCCGACAUAGUUGUAGCAGGCACCAUGGGGCUCCUGGGAGGCCCAUGCACUCUCUCAAAGGCCCCACAGGGCCUGCUGCAGUUGUGACUGGAUCCAUUGUCCCACCCACUGCCUUUCCUCUGGAGUUCAGGCCUGGUCCAGUCAUGGGUGAAGUGCGGAGCCAACAAGAUGUGGCGCAUGGAGACUGUGGAAGCGGCCGUAUUGGGUGGUGCCCAGAGGGGGCUUGGGUGAUGCAUGGAGACAGGGGGCAGAGGCAUCAUUAGUAUAGUGCGUGCUGAAGUUGGGCACUCCCGAGUGUGUUAAUGCAGUCUUCUAGCAUAAUCAAUUUAGUGAUAUGGGCAGUUCAACCCUCAAGCUUAUACAUUGGUGGGGGGGUGGUCAUGCUAUACCUGGUUUAAUUAAGAGAAUUUAAUUUCUAAAUGCUUGGAAAUUAAUUCUAAAGAGAAUCACCAAGAUCUCUCUGUGUGUCUAAUUUUACAGCUGAUAUGGGGGAAGAAAGAAUUUGUCUUUUUAAGUAACAAAUUGAAAAGACUGAUGGCCAAGUUUUGUAGCUAUCCAGUAAUGGACGAGAUUGGCAUCCAAUUUAUGUUCCUUGGCUCCGGAUGCAAUCCAAAUAACUUAAAUGUGGUAAGUUGACUCUUUAUUUUGCUAAACAUAUUGGCAAAAUACCAUACGCCAGUCCCCACAACAGCAAUAUAUUUUAUUCUAAUAUUUAAAGAUAAAUUAACCAUGCUUUGGAUUGCAUAUUGAGUAACUAACAUGAUGGAGUUCAAUAGUACAUGCUUCAAGUUAUGCAUGUAUAGCAUUGGAGACCUAAAUGUGUAACUGAGUGACCAUGUCUGUACAUGUUUGAGCCAGAAUGGAGAAGAAUCUUUGUGGAAGAGACCCUGGUAUAUUACAGAAGGGAUAAACUAUAUGGCUUUUGUUGUUUUCUUUAUCUGUUGAUAUCUCACGGGGUAGAAUACUGGUGGCCCUUCAGAUGGUGUCAGAUUCCAACUCCCAUUCAUCUCAGUUUGCCUGUCGAAGGGUCAGGGAUGAGGGCAGUUAAGAGCCUAAGAAGAACCUGCUGGAUCAGGUCAAUGGCCCAGCUAGUCCAGUGCCCUGUUCUCACAGUAGCCAGUCAGAUGGCUAAACCCUCAAGCAGGACGUGAGCUCAAGAGCAACUUGUGUUCAGAAGCUUUAUUGCCUCUGUCUAUGGAGGCAGAACAUGGCGGCAAGUUGCUCUUGUAGUCUAGAGUCAGGGAAUGAUCUGAAGACGAGGACUGUGGGAUGCAGUCUAUGACAGACCAGCUUUUCUCUGAUGGAGAGCUGGAGGCGGAAGAGUCAUUCCCCUUGUCCACAGUGUGUUCAGAAGCAGAGAGAGAGAGAGAAGCUUAGGGAGGACUUACCCAGUUGUGAAAUAAUGACAAGGGAACCAGAAGGGAGGGGACAGCUAGUCAAGACGUCAAUUGAGAGUGUGGGGGACCCCCCCCCCCAUGGACUCGGAGGUCUGAACGUAUCAGAGCAAAGGAGGCAGAGAGGGGGAGGAACUUCUCAUUGGUGCCUUGAAUGCUUUGGAAGUUGGAAGGAGGAUUCAGAGUAGCCAACUGCCCUCCUUGCGGAGAGCUGUAUAUUUGUGCUUGCAACAUGAUGUUGUAAUCAAAGGACUAUAAACCUAUCAACUGCUCAUCAAUUCUUAUCUGUGAAGUUCCCAAAGGGAGGGGAGGACUCUCCAUGCCUGACAUCUAGCAGUGUUUGGAGCUGUACAGAGCAGCCACUCCCUAUACAUCAGAACACAGUGAUCUUGUAACUUUAAUUGUAACAGAUGAAAAAUAGGACAUUGCAACUUAACUUGUUAUUUAUUUGUAAUCUUUAUAGCCCAUCUUUUAAUUUCAAGAAUUUCACAAGAUGGGACUCAAGCAACAAAAAAUAAUAAUGUCUGAACUAUGUGACCCAUAGAUAGCAGCAAAAUAACAAGAUUGUACAAUGGUGAUGGGAUAAAAUCAGACAGCAGCAGACAGGGGAAGGGUUGGCAUGGCAUUGGAUCCCAGGAUAUUCCACAAGCCCCAUGUUGAUAGAAUGGAUCUGCUGCGUUUGGACCGCCCCAAACCUGUUAUAUGAGAGUCAGCCAGUGUGGUUCAGAUUCUUCCUGAGGUGCAAGCUAGGCAAGUAAGGUCUCUCUGGGCGACCAGGGUACAGAUUCCUACUGGGCAGAUACCCCAACACUAAGCUUGUGGGUGCCAUGAUCAAUCACCACCUCAGGUCCCUUAUAGCCCCCCCCUUAUACUGUGUUGUUUCUGCCCAGUGACAUUCAUGCCCUCAUACAAACAACAUUCUUCACCUAACAAAGGAAGGCCAUAAUUUCACAGAGGUAAAGCAAGUGCCAAUCAGGUUGAGUUAUUUAACAUUAUUUCCUUGCCCUCUCAACCAGUGACCCAAAUUGCUCAGUGAAUGCUCUAACCCCAGUGUGGGCAGGCGUGAAGCUUUCAUGGCAAAUUGGCCUUGAGUAUCAUAGGCAGCAGCCUUAUAUAGGCUUUCCACUCUUCUUUGCAAGGGCUCAAGGGACAGUUUUUCCCCAUGAGCCCACUACACAAACAAGAUACUGGGCAAAGUUUUUCCGCAAUCUGUGGGCCACAGCGCUGCUGGGCAAAAGUGUCCUGUGCUUAUUGAUCACGGAAUGAUGCUUAAAAUAGUAUAUAUUUUUUUUUAAAAAAUGCAAAUUGGCAUGAAACUCACGACCACAAUAUCCAUUUCAAUUUCUCAAGGUAUUUGGAUAUUGUAUUGCUCUAAUGCUUGUGAUCUUUUUGCUAGUUCAAUUCUUAAAAACAUUUCCAUACUUAUUUCCCCCCACAGACCCGAAUAGAUACGUAUUUUGGAAUUAUUCCUGAUUAUGGUUCUGUAAAAAACAUAAUCCACUUGGCCCAGGUGAGCUUUAAUGCAUAUUUUUCCUUAUUUCAAAAUUUAGAGGCCAUUUGAUGUUCAAAUGAAUGUUUAAUGUGUGUGAAUAUUUUUUUAAUUUUCAGAAAGUGACAGGAAAGUUACAGUAAAUGAAAAACAAUAUAGCAAUAAAUGGUAUAUGACAAGCUGCCACUCACAGGAGCUUUGUCGCUCUGAGUUACUGCUGGUGUAGUUGCCCAGUUACAUGUGAUAUGCGUCUACAGGUGUAGAAACUGACAAUCAUAAUAUGCCAAUGAAACCAAAAGAAAAUAUUCUUAAAUAGGGUCAUGCAAAAGAAGAAAUAAAGAGAAACUUUUCAAUUUCGUUGCCUAAAGAGUAGUUCUUAAACUUCAAACAUCAAGUGAUUUUUUAUUCAUUAUAUCUGAAGUGAUAGUUAAGUUUUAAUUUGCACAUUGCAGUUUCUCAUUAGCUUACACAGUUUGGCCGUUACUAGGAUAGAGAACAUUAAUUAAGGAUUGAUUUCUUGAAAUGAUUGUAUACGAGUUCCAAUAUCAUUUACUUAUUAAUUUGCAAAGUAUGCAAAAUAUUGGUGAAAACAGAUUGUAUUUGAAAAAAACAGAAAAAUAUAAAAAUGUUUCAAGAUAAAAUAAUAAUAUAUUUUUACAAAACCACACACAAAUUUAUGAAAACAGUCUAGGAAUCUAUUGUAGACUACCUUGAUUGGUUGUAUUCUUUAAGUGUGCAAAGAAAUACACAACAAUAUAGUUUAUUUACAUAUCAAUUGCUCGAAACCUAUAGCAAGAUCUUUGUUGACUGUAUAAUCAUAUUAUACCAUAUAAUACAAUAUUAUUAUUAUUAUCCUUCCUCUUGUAGGAGCCUAGAAUGACUAUCUAUAGCCAUGAAAUACAACCAAUAUAAUCACAGCCAAAAUACAGUAAUCAGAAGAAUAAACGUUCACAUCUAUCUAUUUAAAGAAAAGUUUUCACAAUUUUUGCGGGGAUUAGGGACAGGGUUCUUUGUGCAUGUUAUAAAGAUGCCUGCAUUAAAAAUUUGAAAAUUCUGUGCUUUCCCCUUUAUUUUAUAGGUUUUUAAAUCAAGAGAACUGAAAUAUUUUGACUAUGGCAGUAAGAACAAAGCUAUAUACAAUACGGUAAAGAGUUAAAGAAAAGAAAAGUUUCAGGAGUAAACCAGGCACAAAUUCGGAGACGAUUGGGUGGGGCCUUGUAUGCCUCAUUCCAGCAACUUCUGCAGCCAAGCUGGUGCCAAAUGCAUUGCUCUACUUCCUUUGGACCACAUCAGUGUAGCCGAGAUGGUGGUCUUAUUGUCUGGGCAGCCCAUGACCCCCAUACCCACUGCCCAGGCCUGCGCCUCAAGGAGGUCACUUUGGUGCUGGUAAUGCAGUGGUUGGACUUCACCCCUGGAAACGCACUCCAUUCUCUCCCAAGACAGAUGGAUACCAACACUGUAAACCUAGGUCCCAUCCCUCUCCUGGUAAACCCUUGACGCUUCCCACUAUUCCUUGUGCAGCCAUGCCUGGACACAUGGCUGAGGUCCCGGAUUCCACAGCCCAAAUGAUCACCUAAAGAGCACCAGAUAGCGCUGGCAGUGGCAGACCAACUGGACUCCAGCACCUCGGCCAGCAUGCAUUAUUCCAACGAAGCUGAUGCUGGUACCCACAGCAUUUUCCCUUGCUUAUUAAAUUUAUAAGAUUCUAUAGUCAGGGAUGACCACCCUGGCAUUUAUGUGGUUAGAGAUCUUCUUUUCUUUUCUUUUACUUUGAAAUCAUAUUAUCCUUUUCUUACAUCAGAAUGUUGAUUAUUCCCAAGGAGAUGUGUUUAACCUCAGAGCAGCGGAAGCAAACUCAGUUUUAUUCCUAUAGUCAUGGUGGUGCUAUGCUUGAAAUGCUUUAAAAAUAUAUAGCUGCACAUGUUCAGCAUGUGUGUGUUUGUGUAUGUAUAUAUAUAGUUUCAAAACUGUUAUCUUGUUUGUAGAAGCAUGAAUGUAGAAGCAGCUGUGAAGCCAUGCAAUGACAGUAGGAAAGAGAUAUUCUGAGAACUUCAAAACUGAAGUCAUAUGGGCAGCUUUCUAAAGCCUGCUCACUGCUACCUGAAAGAUGAUUAAGUCCAGAGCCUAAAUGUGCCAAGCUGAACCAUUGCUCACUUUAGCAGACAUGCACAUUAAUCCUGAUACACAUCCUCAAUGCCAUUGUACAUCCCACAAUGUUGGUAUAUCCUAUGCUCAAUCCAGUCAAGCAGUUGUCCUACACAUAAAUCAAGAAUGCACAGUAAACAAUUAAUACGUGACAGAUUCAUUAAUACAGUGGAGAAGGAAAUCUGAUACUAAUGCUCAAGGAAGCAUUUUCCAGAAACAUAGGUCACACAUCCCAGAGUUUUGAUGGCCCUGCAUAUGAACCAUCAGACGGCUAAGAAAACAGGUAAAAUCUAAGAUUGGCAGAUGAAGACCGUUUUAAUCAUUCUGAUAUUUUCAUCCACAGACCACUCCUCCAUUCUAUCAAAUCGAAGACAUUGUUGUGCCAACUGCUGUGUGGUAUGGUGGACAUGAUAUUGUAAUAAACAGAAAGGACAUCCAGCUGUUGCUUCCUCGAAUCUCUAAUUUAGUUUUCCAUAAGUAUAUUCCUGAAUGGCAACAUGGCGAUUUUUUAUGGGGUCUGGAUCCUCCAAAGAAACUAUACCCUGAUAUAUUCUAUCUUAUGCAUAAGUACAAAUAA